AUGGAGUCAGACGCUUUAUGCUGUCAUCAUUGUGGGGAAAGAUUUCAACGGCGUGAACACCGUGAUCGGCACCUUCUUCGUCACACGGGUCACAAACCAUUCCAAUGCGAUGCUUGCUCCAAAUCCUUUGGGCGCCACGACACUCUUGUUCGUCAUAGGGCUUUACAUAAUAGCCGAUCUGAGCAAAGCCGAGGUCGUCGCCGCUGUGGGCGGGCCUGUGUCCCUUGUUCAAGACUGAAGCAAGGCUGCAGCGGAGGCCACCCGUGCUCACGAUGUAAAAACAGAGAUACGGAGUGCAUCUAUAACUUGGUCAGGUCAUCCGAAAUACCAAGUGGCGACAGUGACCAAGAUGGAACCCUCUCGUCUCCUCUCACAGUACGAGACGCUGGCUCAGUGAACGGAGACAUCUCAUCCCAUGACCUUCAUGCCAUGCCAAAUCAAUUGGGCGAUCCUACAUCAAAUAUUUCUGACGCCACUCACAUCUCCAACGUAUAUAUCCCAGAUACCACUAUCUCUGGCUGGCCUCCCGUUCAAUCAUUGACUAACGGGAACUUCGGCGAACUGUGUCUCAUACCAGGUGUCUCAUGGACGCCUUGGAACCCAUUAACGGUCAGCUCUUCUUUCCCCUGGUUCAUGGAUGGACUAGAUAAUUCGUUGGGAUUUCCAGACCUACCAGACCUGAUGGAUCCCAUUGUAGUUGCGAAUGCAUCUUUACCUAUUCCUCUUACAUCGACAAAAUCAGCUCCUGCUGUGCCGGUGGCUGCAACAAUAGGUGACCAUACUUAUCCUCAGAUGUAUUUGAAUCCCGAACACAUAUGUUCAGGCUACACAAGACCAUGUCUCUCCUUACCCAAGCUCCAAGAUAUCAGUAUCCAAAUGGCUAGAACCGAGGUUUUCGGACAUGUCCAUACUAUUUCUUAUCAGGCUGUUGAAAACUUGAACAAUUUCUACAAGACUCAAAGUCGAGAGGAGGUUACAGAAGCUGUCCCUGAGGACAUUCUUCAUGCCUUUGUAGAACUUUACUUUGAGUUCUUUGAUUCGCAGUUUCCCUUUUUGCAUCCAUCACGUUUAGAAGACCCUGACCUACCAUGGGUUCUGCUGUUAGCUACAGCCGCAGUCGGAAGUCAUUACUCUGAGAUACAAGGUGCAGAAGAAUAUAAUUUUGCACUAUCUGAUCUGCUUGCCAGAGCUGUUGAACAGGAAGUCUCGAAUCACAUAAUUAAAGCCGACAUUGCGACAGUUCAGAGUGUCUUUCUCCUACAUGUAUUGUGGAUGUUUUCAGAAUCUCACAGAGACAAGGUUGUACUACAGCACAAGCGAACCAGACUCUCAACACUGUGUUGGGAUUUACUUACCCGGGCUAAUAAGCAAAGACAACGGAGUCAGCCUGAUCUUAGUACUGACGAAGCAUGGAAAUCGUGGCUUAACCGUGAGAGUGACAUCCGUCUGUCUAUGUGUGUUCGAGUUUUGGAAUGUCUGGGGCAUAUUUUCCUUUUUAUGCCUCUCGACAUUAACCUUCGUGAGGCUACGAGACAAUUGCCCUGCGAUGAAAGCAUCUGGAAGUGUCGAACUGCUGUUGAUUGGAAGUCACAACUGGAUACUGGAGGGAAUGAGCAGCUCAGUACGAGAGGGCAAGGCUGGAGCCAAAAUCGUCUCGGAAGAUCUUCUGCUGGAGAUCCAUUCCCUUCAAAGGUCGCUCUCAUCGAAUUUUAUCUCGAUGAAAGGGACAUUUCCCGUCAAAUACUUACAUCAAAGCUUUUGCGUUCUUCAUUUGUACCUUUCCUCGGUUUGGAGUCAGGAACUGAUGCUCAGUAUGCAUCUAACAGACUCGACACGAGAAGCAACAAUCACCUUUUGGAUACAAUCAUCGACCAAUUAACACUAGCAAAUGCUAGGACUGAGGGAGAUACAUUGGUCCAUUUCAUUGCGAUCCUAAGGCUGAUACCAAUACCAUUGGAAACACUGCAUUUUGCUACUGGGUGGCAGGCAAAUCAAGAGCAGAUGCUGGAGUCGAAGAAGCGUCUCCGGUGUUUCUUCCAGAAUAAUGGUUCUGAAGCACGUAAAGGCUUGUGGCAUGCUGCUUGCAUAUUCAAGAAAACCCGGAACUCGCGUCGACUCAUGUGUUACGAUGCAUUGAGUCUUGCAUCCGCCAUGGGUUAUAUAUAUUCUUACAGCGAAGCACGAUCCUCGAUACCUGAUGCUUCAUCUCAUUUUCAUUCGUCGAGUCGGCCUUCCAUCGUUCGUCUUGACCAGCUUCACGAGAGGUCGCAUGUUGAGCAGUGGAUCAAGAGCGACGCUGACAGCGUGGUUCAUUUGACGGGAGUUGGGCUACUUGACGGUUCCGAUGACCGUAUUCGCUUUCUUCUAGAUAUUGAGAAGACAUUGUCGUCACAGAUCGCUUGGCGGGGGUUCUGUUUUCUCUUCGCUACUUGUUUUUCCCAGUUAAGACGUGGUGAGAUCCCCAGUUCAAAGGAUCACAGUACAGGGUAA